AUGGGUGUCAAUGUCAAAUCUGUUGUUGAUGACUUGGUUUUGAAUUUUCGCAUAGAUGAUCAGGGCGAAGUUUUGAGCAUUAAGUUUUCUGAGGAUAACAAAAUCUUGGGAAUUCAGCGGACUCAUCGAUCAAUUGACUUUUUAAAUUUUCAAGCCAAUUGCCCCAGUGGCGUACAGUAUUCUCAAGAAUGCAAGUGUAAAUCAGCAUCGCUUCUGGGAUUUGUGUGGUGUUCCAAUUAUGAGGUCCUUUUUGUCACAAAUGAACAACUGGAGUUAUAUCAAGUAUUGCCUGAGAAGAAUACUCUGCGCGUAAAUAGUUCUAUACCUCUCAACACUUGCUGGUUUUUAUGGAACCCAGAGACUCAUAUUUGUAUCACUUCAGACCUAGAGAAAAAACUGCAUAUGUUUCAGCUGAAGACACCCGGCACAAUCACAAAAGGACCAAAGUUCCUGUCUCCGACAUCGGUAGGGGCUAAUGGUGAUACCACGUCGAUUGAACAGAAACACUGUUUUUUAGCUUUAUUAUAUGAGGAUUUGUACUUUUGUGCUCUUCGCUACGUAAAGCUAUAUAACGAACAAAAUCUUACCCGAACUAUUAGUUUUUAUACUUUAAAAAUAGAAGAUCCCAUCGUAUUGACACACCUCGUAAUUUUAGAUUCUCAGGGUCCUGUGUCAUUUAGUGUAUUGGAUAACCUGUUCAUGGUACACUAUCAGAGCAGAAAGGUUACAUCAGUUUUUGAUAUCGCCCUUAAUGAAACCGUUCGCAAUGUAAUUCAUCAUUCACCUAUAUUACGUGAUAUUUCAAUUGCACCAUUCAAUCUUUUCACUAAAAUCAUUCCCUCAUUAUCAACAAACUUGGAUGCUCAAAUUCCUAUCGAUUUAUAUUCAAUGAAUUGGAUUAUUCAUCUGUGCGGCGUUGUAAUUGACAACAGUCUUGGUUGUUCAUGGCUAUUAUGCUUGAAUAAUAUGGUUUUUCCAAAACUAAUUGCUAAUCACAACCUAGUUGUGGAUUUUCUACUUCAUCGAUCCAGUGGCAAAAGCGUACUGUUAGAGUACUGCUCUAAAUUGGUGGUAGACAGUAUUGAAGAGGUUACUUCCAAUGUUGACAAACCUCUGAACUACAAAUUCGAUGGAUAUGGGUUAAAUCAACGACUUGAUCAGUUUGCGUUCGUCUUUAAACGGAUUUGUGAAGUGGGCUACUGUGGGACAAACGUCAUGAGUAAAUUGCUCACUGACUCUGAUCGUAAAAUGCCAAGUGCUUUGGCAGCAUCAUGCCAUUGUUCUACAGUUAAGACAAUAUCCAAAGGCCUACAUGCGGGUUCGUCAACCUACAUCAUUUCCCAACCUGAAAUAUAUUCACAUUUAUUUUUAAAGAACCAAGGUGUUGAGAGACUAGAAGUCCGUAAAUUGUUUCGCUCUAUACUGAUUGAAUAUAUUCGCAUAUUUUCAGAGCACGACAUUUGUGUAGAUCAUUGUUUCUACGAAAUGCUCGUCAAUCUCACUGCCAGAAUGGGGGAUUACACACAACUCAGUUUUUAUAUUCAAAGUCGUCUACUUGCUGAUUCAAAGCCUACCGCACUUCAACUACUUUCUUUGGAAAGUGUGUAUCCCGCAGCAGGACAACUUGGUAUUGAUAUGCUAAAGAGAUUGAAUACAUGCAACAGUGAAUUGUUCGAUGCAUUACUGAUAAAAGGACGGCCAUUAGAGGCAUUAAGAUUUGCUAGGCUGCAUCGCUCAGAAAAUGUCAUUGACAUGGAGAAUGUUCGCAAUUAUCUGGAUGCUAUUCAACAAAUCGAAGAUUAUAUGGAAUUAUAUUGUACUCACCAUUUUCUUAAAGAAAGUUCAAUGUGUAUGGAGUCUUAUUGGGACUCAGAUGAAUGCCGUAAAUAUUGUACCGAAUACUUUAGUGACCUGUUUCCGUCCACUUAA